CAUUCAGGAACGUUGGCGGAUGCCGAGUUGACAGCUGUCAACUUUGGGGUAAUUCAACCAAAAGUCUUCCUUCAAUCGACUUUACUGAACAAAUUAUUGUGUUUUUUGUCAGGACCUCUGAACCAGAUCAGAGCCAACGUCAAGCGGGUCGUGAAUUUUUGGGACUUUUUGGAAACACUGCUGUGAUUUUAUUGGAGCAAAUUCUGCACUUUGAUUCUGGUCUGGUUUGAAUCUACCAAAUUUCAGAGGCACCUUCCACAUCUGAACGCUCAUCAUGGCUCCGUCUGUCGGUCUGUGGCUGUGUCUGAUCCUGCAGCUGCUGUUCACGGAUGCAAAGAGAGUUGGGAAACACGACGGCCAGCGCGACGCCCUUGGCGAACCCUCGUCCCGCGUCAAACUGGAUCCCCUUUGGAUCACCGAGCACCUCAGGAGCCAAGAUGGCACCUAUGCCCCAAACCAGAGCCCCCCCCUCCCUGAAAUGCUGGAUCUAGACCUGGACCUGCACCGCCGGCAGGCCCGAGGCGCAGACGAGGAGGAGCAGCAGUCCACAUUCAGCCAGUCCUUUGAGAACGAUUCAGUGACGACGCCGCACGCCACCGAGUUUGACAACGGAACAAAAGUGGGGCACGAUGACGAUCAUAAUGUCAACCUUCAUGGAAACGACUCCAGCUCGGACCACGACGCCCCAGGUCUCUUCAACCCCUUCUACCCGCUGGCGGACAGCUCGUACUCGGCCUACGCGGUCCUGUUCCUGGCCGGCCUGGUGCUGGCGGUGGGCGUGGUUGGAAACAUGGCGGUCAUGUGUGUCGUCUGGAACAACUACUACAUGAGGUCCUCCUGGAACUACCUGCUGGCCAGCAUGGCAUUCUGGGACUUCCUGGUCCUGGUGCUCUGCCUUCCCGUGGUGGUCCUCAACCAGCUCUCCCAUAGGAGGAUCCUGGGUGACAUCACCUGCCGCAUGGUGCCUUAUAUGGAGGCCGUGUCUCUGGGCAUCACCUCCUUCACUCUGUGCGCUCUGGGUAUCGACCGAUUCCACUCUGCCACCUCCUCGUCCGAGCCGAAGGCCCGGCGGGUGGAGCGCUGCCGCUCGGUGCUGCUGAAGCUGCUGGUGGUGUGGCUCGCCGCUCUGCUGCUGUCCAGUCCCGAAGUCUUCCUGUGGCAGCUGAGCCAGGCCGUGUCCCCGUCCACCGGCCGGCUGGUCGACUCCUGCACCAUCACCCCCUCCUCCCCUCUCUCCCUCUACCUGCCCGACUCCCUCCACUCUCUGUUGCUCAGGUACCACCAGGGUCGCAUGUGGUGGUGUUUCGGCUGCUACUUCUGCCUCCCCAUCCUCUUCACCAUCCUCUGCCAAAUGGCCACCCGUAACGUCAACAGCGACUCCAACUCUGCCCAGAAGCAGCGUACCCAUGACGACCGCUCCUCCAAUCAGAAACGCCAGCAGCACCAGGCGGUGGAGCGGCAGCUGAACUGCACACUGUUAGCGCUGGCCGUGGUCUACGGCGUCUGCGCUCUGCCCGAACACGUGUGCAACAUCACGUUGGCCUACACGCACAUCGACAUCUCUGAGGACACGGCCGCCAUGCUGGCACUGUUGCAUCACUUCCUCUUGUUCUUCAAGUCAUCGGUGACGCCGGUGCUGCUGCUGUGUCUGUGUAAGGCUCUCGGUCAGGCCUUCAUGGACUGCUGCUGCUGCUGCUGUCAGGAGUGUCAGCCAACCACGACUCAAGGCUCGCCAGGCUCCGCCCAGGUCAAACUGAAGGCAGCCAAUGAGACGUCCAUCUUAUUCGACAAGGCUAAAGACACGUCGGCCAUUUUGUCCAUCUCCAGCUAGAGCCAUUGAUCCCUCCUUAACUAUAAAUCCACCACUUCCUCCUCCAUAAAUCAAUCCCGUCCAUUCAUUCCUCUAUUCUACCCUUCAACAUUGUUUCUCUUCCAUCCUUAGUUUUCGUAAACAUCAGUUUCCUUUCUCUUCCCCCCAAUGUUACUGUGAAUCAGUUCUCUCUUUCUGCAUAUUUGUUCCAUCCAUUUUUCUCUCUCUUUCAGAACACUUGUGGAUCAAUGAUCAUCUUUAUUUCUUUCUGUCAUCUCCUCUCCCAGAGUACCAUUUGUAUGAUAUCCCUCUAUGGACACUGUGUUACCUGCUCCAUCUUCCUCUCUGUGCAGGAAGUGAUGCUUAAUCUGUAGUGAGAUUUUAAAAAAUGCUGUACUUGCACAACCAGCUGUUUGUAAAAGCAGGAGCCUGUUUCAGGACUCUCCGAAUGGACUCUUCCCUCCAACUUCCCGCUGUAAUAACACAUGAUGUGUGCCUGAUGAUGCCUGAACAACAUGGAGGUCUUCUUUGGUCUGAAGCUGAAUUUUCUAAUGUUUCUUGGGAAAGUAGCAGAUACCUAAAGCCUAAAUUAGAGCAGCAGGUUAAGUCCUUUACAGUAGCUUGGUGGAGAACAUGAAGAAGCUGCUUCAAUGCUGAGCCAGAAAUAAUCAGCCUGGUCUCAUCACAGGGCGUCAAGUACCGACGCUUUGAGAGAGUCUGACAAAGGAGCAUCUGACGCACAAGAUACCCUUCGGCGUCUGUAUGAGAUGCCCUUUGCUUUUGAGUAUCUCCAAUGUAACCCAUCCGUCAUCACGUAAAGUACUUCUUUCAACCCAAAACACAAUCUUUUCCUAAACCUAAGCAACAAGUUUUGGUGCCUCAACCGAACCAAAUAGUAAAUCUACCACAUAUUAAAAAGCCAUUUUUUACGGACAUUGAAGGGUGUCUUGUGCGUCAAAUACCGACACUUGUCAGGCUUUCUGAAAGCAUAGGUAUUUAAUGCACUCGGAUGAGAACAAUUAAUUAAUCUAAUCUAAAAAGAAAGUCUGGUAUCUAUUAACCCUAACUGGCUGACAGGAGUGUACAGUUGACCAAUUGUAUAUUGAAAUGAUGUUUUAAACACUAGCUGUGGGGCCAAAGGAAAAUGACGCUGGUCUAUCAGUGCUACAUAAAAGUUGAUAUCUUUGAACAUCUAUGAACAGCUGUUAAUAAUUAUAUGACAACAAAGUUCUCAGUCGUCCAGGUCAUAGUUAUCCAAGGAAGGUUAAAAUCAAGGGCAACUGGACUUGUUGAAGAUACUCAAAGAUGUUUUCGCUUAACAGAUUAGAGAUCUGCGACACCACUUAUCCCCCACCUACAAUGCUGUCCUUUCACCCCUUCCCCGGAAGGAGUGAACAAAUGCUCACAUUUGGCCAUUUGAUGGUCGUUCAGACUCGGCCUCAGGUGACUCAUAACGACGAUUGUCUCAACAGCCAGGAGCACUAACGAACCAAGCAGUAUCAAUCAUCUUGACAACGACCCCACAGAGGUUAAAUACCUGGCACUCCCUUCCAGCCAGUCAGAACUGAAGAAGCCUCUCGGAUGAGAGACGAAACGUCUUUCGAGUAUCUUCAACCAAGUCCAAUUGCCCUUGAUUUGAACCUUCUUUGGAUGAAAUUCAGGAUAACUCCUAGACGUUUUGGUGACUCUCCUCAACUUUCUUGUAGCAACAAAUUUAGGUCAAGAUUUACUCUUAACUUGACCUGGUCCCAGGCCUCUAAAUCACCACAGAUUCAAUUAGCGUCGGGAAAACAACCAAUCAGAGCUUUGUUGGGGGGAAUAUGAAUGGAGGUAUCCUAGUUAACUGUGAAUCCGACUGACGCAGCUGUACAAGUUGUAGUAAAGGCUGAUUAAUGUUUCUAAAAGGAAGAAGAUGGAGAAGUGGGCACCGGAGGAGAUCUAAAGAGUAUUUGAACAGGACUCAGACCCCCUAAGUAUCAGGGUGGUCUCUUUGUACAGGAAGUUAAACUGUGUAGGAAGUUGUAAGUGUAUUAAUAUGUGCAUUCACAAACUCAAAAAAAUAGAACAAAUGCAGAAGCAGAAGAUAUGAAUGUAGCUUAUUUUAAUUCUAGAUGUACCACUAAUGACAUCUUUGUAUGAAGGGAAGUGAGAUAGUAAUUUUUUAUGUCACAAGAAUGCCUAUGCCUUUGUAAUGUUCAGUGUCACAGUGUUAAAUUCACGGUGUUAUAAUAUGUGUCAGAGCCGACUGUGCCAUAGCAUCUCCUCUGCCCGGACUGUCACUCUAUUGGAACAACACCCAGUAGGAACUAGUCAGACUAACUUUAAGACAGAAAACUAUUUCAUGAUCUGCAUCUGAGUAAGUUUUCACCCAAAAGCCAGAGGUGUUUAGCAGGUGUCUGAACGCCUCUUUACCACUGAAUCAUGACAUUUUAUUCUAAACUGCCAAUCAAACACAGGAAAAAAAAAUGAAAUACUAGAUGUGAUCUGCGUGUCUUUGUGUACUCGAGCGGGGUCGAUGCUAAAAUCUACUGCCUGUCUGAUCGACAGCACGCCUUGCUGCCUCAUCAGUAAACUUUUGUUUUCUAUGCUAACGCAAAAUGGAGAAUAACUAGCAGAUGCUGGUUUUGUAAGAUGCAGUCGCCUGUUAGAUGCUAGCUUGUAAUGCUGUGGAUGGCAACUCUAAAAAGAGCUUAGGAUUCUGCGACAUUCAAAUGAAUUCAAACUGAUUACAUGUUCUUUUGAAAAGGUGACAGUGAACCAGGUGGAGCUGGAAAGUACAGCUUGGUAAAUUAGCCAGUGCUACACUUAAGGCCAGUUUAUACUUCUGCGCUACGACGUAGGUUUCGUGCCAUCAUGAGCAUUUAUACUUGUGUGUUGGUGUCUGCGCAGCUCUACUAGAUGGCGGUGAGGUUUCUGUGUUCCACUGUGUUGACUGUCUUCUUCUUCAUUGGUGUAGGAUACUACAAACAAUGGUAACUGAAACUGAGCGGAUCAUGUUGGAGUUGGGGCUGAUCGACGUUGAACAACAGCUACAUUUAGUGAAAUUACUAAAACGCAGAAACGAAAGAAGGUGUCUGAGGAGACACAACGUUUGUACCGGUUGAGGCAGAAGAAGAAGAAGGACAAGCAGGAAAUGCGUCGCUACCAAGCCAACCAAUCACAGGUCUUACGGUCUGUGUUGGCGUGACGUACCGUUAAAUUUUUGUGGAGGAGUGCAUCAGGCAUAGGGUAUGCAUAGGCUACAGAGUAGGUUAUGAUGUAGGCUACGACAUACGGUACAGAGUAGGGUACGUGGCUAUGCGUUGGGUAAAGUGUAGGGUACGGCGUAGGGUACGUGGCUAUGGCGUAGGGUACAGAGUAGGAUACAGAGUAGGUUACUAUGCUGCACCCUUAAGCUGUAGCCAAGGGUGCAGCAUAGAUUUGACACAGAAGUAUAAAUUGGCCUUAAGAGGCCUUAGAGGGUUAUAAACUGAUUGGGGGAUGUUGUCAGUUUCUUUUUCAAGUGACAUUUAAGAAUCCAUCAUGAUUUCAUUUAUCAUUUUCAUCAAAAAUAAACAUUUUAUUAUUCCCCAUUUGAUUUUAAUUCAUUGGCCAUUUUAAAACUACGCCUAACCCUAAAAUGGUUUGCUUCUAUAUUUAGGUAGUGUACCAUGGUGAGGAAACUAAAUAUGAACCUCUGUGUUGUUUAAUAACACAGUGAAAAGAUAAGGUGCAGGUUGUAAUAAAUGGGGAACAAAUUAAAUCCUAAAUGUUUCUUUAUCAGUGACAGUAGAUUUUACCAAAACACCCUUGUUUGAAGUCCCUUCUGUUACCACCCGUGGACAAUCAUUAACCUCUCACAGAAAACGUUCAUACAACUGGUUUGCAUCAGCUAAACAGCAAUUUGACAGUGAUCAUGUUUUCAUUUGGGUUCCUUUUUGCAGACUGUAAAUGUGUUUCUUUCCCGUGGUUUUCCACAAUAAUUGGACAAAAGAAAGGAACUUUACUACCAACAGCUUGUGUCCCUCUGGUGUCGUGUUUGUGUUGGUUAUCAGUGUGAAUGAAGACUGGCUAUUCUUUCACUUUUUAAUAAAGGGACAGUCCACACAGAAAACAAAUUAACUUUAGUUCCUGUCUGAUGUUUUUUUCCUUUUAAAUUAUGAGUGUUGUGUCUCUCCCGGUAGUUUUCCAUCUUUUCAGCGAGACAUACAACCAAUCGGAUGUAGAGGCGGUAAUUUAUAAAUAAACAUGUCAUUUAAACUGCA